AUGACUGUUAUAGCAGGAGAUCAGCAUCAACAAAACAAAUGGACCCCUCAUCAGGUGUUGGAGCAGCAGCAGCAGCAGCAGUCCACUCCAAUCCCGGUUAUGACCGGCGCUUUCAUGGACUCCUCUCCUAAUGAUGAUUACAGUGGCGAACACUCUCUCUUCAACUCCUCGGCCAGCGUCCACGCCGCUGCCUUGGCCGGCUCCGUACAAGGUCAGCAGGAUGAGUCGCAGUCCAUGUCCAGUGACGCCAUCUGGCUCUGGAUCGCCAUUAUCGCCACUAUUGGAAACAUAGUGGUGGUGGGCGUUGUCUACGCCUUCACUUUCUGA